CGUGUCGGUCCUGUAAUUGGUGGCGACAGGUCGACAGAGAAAUUGGAGGUUCGUAGGCUGGCGUCGCGGCCCAAACACAAGACUUUUUCUUUUCCGCCAUAAAUUUUAGAGAGAGAAAGCAUAUUUGUAGAGAGAGAGAGUAAUUGCGGGAGAAGAGGAGCGGUAGAGAGAGAGCGUUUCAGUGGAGAAUGAAUGAGAACUCCGCCUUCCCUACUUUCGCUGGCCAUUGACUCUGCCCUUCUUAACAUCUCCAACAUCUCCGAUCUCUCCUCCCUACCCGAACACAUCCUUCUCGAGCUCUUCCUGAGAACAUUGAGAGCUGGAAAACUGACUGAGAAGAUUUUGAAUCUGUUCAUAGCAACCGGAAAAGAUGAAGUUCUUUCACUAAUCGAGGCAAUGAAUAUCCAGCAUGUCAUCCUUCCUGUCCUUCCUACUAGUGAGUCAUAUUUGAAAAUAUCCUGGUUGUGAAAUUUGGAACAGCUAUUGUAUGACAAUGAGAAUGUCUCUUGACAGGAUGCUCUGAGAAAUUCUAAUUUUGAAGAGAGCGCGAAAGAUUGAACUCAAAAAGUAGCUAUUCUUGAGGCCUAACAACAAUUUGAUUUUGUAUCAACUCAUUGUAAUUCUGGGAAAAUGUCUCAAACAAGAGUGAACAACGAUGAUGUUGACAUUGUGAUCUGUGCACUUCAUUCUGAUCUCACAUCUUUCAUGAACGAAUGGAGACCAAUAUUCUCUCAAUUCCACCUUAUAAUUGUAAAAGACCCUGAUGUCAGAGAGGAACUCGAAUUACCAGAAGGCUUUAAUCUUGAUGUGUAUACCAAGUCUGACAUUGUCAAAGUUGUAGGCUCUUCUGCUGCUGUUCUCUUUUCUGGAUACUCGUGCAGGUACUUCGGCUACCUUGUUUCCCGGAAGAAAUAUGUUAUCUCAGUCGAUGAUGACUGCAUCCCAGCAAAGGAUGGUAAGGGCCUUGUAGUGGAUGCUGUGGUGCAGCAUAUUACCAACUUAAGUACUCCGGCAACUCCUUUCUUCUUCAACACACUUUAUGAUCCUUUCCGCAAAGGGGCAGAUUUUGUUCGUGGAUACCCAUUUAGCCUGCGGAGUGGGGUGACGUGUGCUCUGUCAUGUGGGCUCUGGCUUAAUUUAGCAGACUAUGAUGCUCCCACACAAGCUCUGAAGCAAGGUCAGAAGAAUUCUCGGUAUGUUGAUGCGGUUCUGACAGUUCCUACAAAGGCCUUGAUACCUGUGAGUGGAAUCAACAUUGCUUUUGAUAGAAACUUGUUGGGCCCUGCUUUGUUCCCAGGCUUGAGGUUGGCUGGUGAAGGAAAGGUAAGGUGGGAAACAAUUGAAGACAUAUGGUGCGGAAUGUGUGUCAAGGUGAUAUGCGAUCAUCUGGGCCUUGGUGUGAAAAGUGGCCUGCCUUAUGUUUGGAGAAAGGAAGGAGGUAAUGCAAUUGAUAGCUUGAAAAAAGAUUGGGAAGGAGUGAAGUUGAUGGAAGAAGCGGUUCCUUUCUUUCAGUCGGUGAGAUUGCCACGAACAGCAAUUACAGUAGAAGAUUGUGUAGUUGAGAUGGCUGCAAUUGUGAAAGAACAGCUGGGACAGGUGCAUCCUGUUUUUGCUCGUGCUGCUGAUUCUAUGGUGGAAUGGAUCAAGCUUUGGAAGAGAGUGGGUAAUGAAGCACCUUCCCCUGGAGUGUAAGAGAUUUUAGCCUAGUUAGUUUUUCCCCUUCUGAUUUUCGACAUUCCCCCUGCUGUGUUUUACUUUUGAAGGACCUCAAACUUUAUAUAACAAAUUGUUAUGAUUGUUUGUCUUGACAAUCUAAUGUAAAAUUUGAUUUAGUAAUUAUAUGAUGGGAAAUAUUGUUUGGA